GCAGCUAUGGCUGAACAAAACAAGAGAUCAGAGUUCAUCAACACACCGCAAGUGGUGGUGAGCUCAAGAUGGAACCCAACUCCGGAGCAGUUGAGGGCUCUGGAAGAAUUGUACAGACGAGGGACUCGAACCCCAUCGGCUGAGCAAAUUCAGCACAUCACAGCGCAGCUUCGAAAAUAUGGAAAGAUAGAGGGGAAGAAUGUGUUCUAUUGGUUCCAAAAUCAUAAGGCCAGAGAAAGGCAGAAACGUCGCCGUCAGAUGGAAUCAUCCGUGCCCUCUGCCCAACCAGAUCACGAAAUAUCAUUGUCAUCCACAGAUCAUCAAAAGAAAGAAUCAUUAGGGGCAAGUAGGACAGGGUUUGAAGUUGAACAGACCAAGAACUGGGCACCCUCUACAAACAGCAGUACAACUCUUGCAGAGGAAUCUGUUUCAAUACAAAGGGCAGCAAAAGCAGCAGUGGCAGCAACAGAGUGCAGGACGGAUGGAUGGAUCCAAUUCGAUGAAGAAGAAUUGCAGCAAAGAAGAAACUUUGUAGAAAGGAAUGCCACGUGGCAGAUGAUGCAGUUGUCUUGUCCUCCUCCUCCUUCUCCUCUUCCUCCUCAGUACCCUCAUCCUCCCACCCACCUCAUAAUAAACACCCCUACUUGUUGUACCGCUAACUCAAAUAGUACUAAUAAUUUAACAAGCAGCAGGGCAAGCAGGGCAGCAACAGUAAGAACAAUGGACCAAAGGCUCAUUAAGGGUCAUGAUCUCAGCAUCCUUCUAACACCCUACUCAUCAAUAUCAGAAGAAUCUGGUUUUAUUAACUUUAACCACCCAAACCACAACACCAACGUUGAACAAGAUCAUGGCUGUGGGGAAUCUCAAACCCUUCAACUCUUUCCACUUCGAAGUGGCCAUGCCAAUGCCAAUGCCAACCUCGAAAAGGAUCGUGCAGAGCUAUCGGCUAACUUCAGUAGUGCUCAGGCUUACCCUUUUUUUGAGUUUCUUCCCUUAAAGAACUAAUUAGUUUACUAACCAUGCACUUAAUUAUC